AGAUACAGCAAACUAGUCCACCACGGCUUCUUUCAGCAUCAACGAUAUACAAUACAUAUACUCCAUCUUCAUCCAAUAGUUUCUAGGUUUUAUUCAUCACCCCAAGCUACUAUCAAUUUGGGCCUCAAUCACCACACAUCAAUCAAGGUAUAUAUAUUUCUACACUUUGAUUGAUUCAAACAAACACCAUUUCUGUAUUCAAUUACUUCACUUUCUAGAUCUAUAUGCGAUUCAUUCAUCAACUUACUGCACACUUUCUACAUGUUCUUCCUUCAUAUGUCAACGCAAUACUUUCUGUUCAAGAGCCAUGGGCAGUGUGAAUGAAGGAAAACUUAGGUUCUGUAUAGACCGAGGAGGCACGUUCACCGAUGUCUAUGCUGAAAUUCCCGGUCAAUCUGAAGGCAAAGUAAUGAAGUUAUUAUCUGUUGAUCCAUCUAACUACGAAGAUGCUCCCGUUGAAGGAAUCAGAAGGAUUUUGGAAGAGUUUACUGGUAAUAAAAUCCCGAGAACUUCAAAACUCCCUACUGAGAACAUUGAGUGGAUUCGAAUGGGAACAACUGUUGCAACAAAUGCACUUUUAGAACGAAAGGGAGAAAGAAUUGCAUUGUGUGUGACCCGAGGAUUUAAAGAUCUACUACAAAUUGGUAACCAGGCCCGCCCGAAUAUCUUUGAUCUUACUGUAUUGAAACCGUCUAAUCUUUAUGAAGAGGUUAUAGAAGUUGAUGAGAGAAUCGAGCUUGUUCCGGAUACCGAGAAAACGGCCCUCAACUCUGCUGACCUGAAUGUAGUUACUGGCGUUUCGGGUGAGCGGGUGCAGGUUGUGAAGCCUGUUAAUGAAGAAACUUUGAGGCCUUUACUUGCUGGUCUGUUAGAGAAAGGAAUCAAAUGUUUAGCAGUUGUGUUAAUGCAUUCCUAUACAUAUCCACACCAUGAACUUUUUGUGAGCAAUUUGGCUGUGAGCAUGGGGUUCAAGCAUGUUUCGUUAUCGUCUUCUUUGACCCCCAUGGUUCGAGCCGUUCCUAGAGGUUUGACCGCUAGUGUGGAUGCAUACCUAACCCCGGUUAUUAAAGAGUAUUUAUCGGGUUUCAUUUCUAAAUUUGAUGAUAAUUUAGGAAAGGUGAAUGUUCUUUUCAUGCAAUCAGAUGGCGGUCUUGCUCCCGAAAGUAGAUUCUCGGGCCACAAAGCGGUGUUGUCGGGCCCCGCAGGUGGUGUGGUGGGUUACUCCCAGACACUUUUCGGACUCGAGACCGAAAAACCGUUAAUCGGGUUUGACAUGGGUGGGACCUCUACAGACGUGAGUAGAUAUGCGGGUUUCUACGAGCAAGUUCUUGAAACUCAAAUAGCUGGUGCGAUAAUCCAAGCACCCCAGCUUGACAUUAAUACUGUAGCCGCUGGUGGUGGGUCAAAGCUAAAGUUUCAAUUCGGAUCAUUUCGGGUCGGGCCCGAAUCUGUCAGUGCACAUCCGGGUCCGGUUUGUUAUCGCAAAGGAGGUGAGCUGGCGGUCACGGAUGCUAACCUGGUAUUAGGUUACGUGAUUCCCGAUUACUUUCCUUCAAUCUUCGGACCUAACGAAGAUCAGCCUUUGGAUAUUAACAAAACCCGCGAAGAAUUUGAGAAACUUGCAAAGCAAAUUAAUUCUUAUAGAAAGAGUCAAGAUCCGUUAUCAAAAGAAAUGUCGGUUGAGGAGAUUGCACAAGGGUUUGUAAAUGUAGCUAAUGAGACAAUGUGUAGGCCCAUUCGUCAGUUAACCGAAAUGAAAGGUCAUGAAACCAAGAACCAUGCACUUGCCUGUUUCGGUGGUGCGGGCCCACAACACGCGUGUGCGAUCGCGCGUUCAUUGGGUAUGAAUGAGGUUUUGGUACACAGAUUUUGCGGGAUUUUAAGUGCGUACGGGAUGGGAUUAGCAGAUGUUAUCGAAGAAGCACAAGAACCGUUUUCUGCUACUUACAGUCCCGAAUCUGUUCUAGAAGCUUCACGUAGAGAAACACUGUUAAUGAAGUCAGUAAAACAGAAACUUAUUAAACAAGGAUUUAACGAAAGUAGUAUUACGACAGAAUCAUAUUUGAAUUUGAGGUAUGAAGGGACUGAUACUGCUAUAAUGGUUAAAGGGUCAGAAAACGAUUAUGACGUUGAGUUUAUUAAGUUAUUUCAACAAGAAUACGGAUUCAAACUCGAAAACAGAAAUAUUCUAAUAUGUGAUGUAAGAGUGCGCGGUAUCGGAGUGACGAAUAUAUUUAAACCAAAACCUUUAGAAAGUUGUUCGGGUACGCCUAAAGUUCAAGGGACAUACAACGUCUACUUUGGAAAUGGAUAUCAUAAUACACCGCUUUUCAAACUCGAAGAUUUAGGGUAUGGUCAUGAAAUUCGCGGGCCGGCAAUUAUCAUGAACGGUAACAGCACGGUGAUUGUUGAACCUAACUGCAAAGCUAUAAUUACUAAAUUUGGUAACAUAAAGAUUGAAAUCGAGUCAAAUGUGGUCAACGUGAAAGUGUCGGAGAAAGUUGCGGAUGUUGUGCAAUUGUCGAUAUUCAAUCAUCGGUUCAUGGGUAUAGCCGAGCAGAUGGGAAGAACUUUGCAGAGAACUUCUAUUUCAACGAAUAUUAAAGAAAGGCUCGACUUUUCGUGUGCCCUUUUUGAUCCAGAUGGCGGUUUAGUGGCUAAUGCACCGCAUGUUCCGGUUCACUUAGGAGCCAUGUCGAGCACGGUUCAAUGGCAGCUUAAAUAUUGGGGUGAGAAUUUGAACGAAGGAGAUGUUUUAGUGACUAAUCAUCCGUGUUCUGGUGGUAGCCAUUUACCGGAUAUAACGGUAAUCACUCCCGUUUUCGAUAGUGGGAAACUCGUGUUCUUUGUUGCUAGUAGAGGCCAUCAUGCGGAAAUAGGCGGGAUUACUCCGGGAAGUAUGCCGCCGUUUUCGAAAAACAUAUGGGAAGAAGGAGCUGCGAUAAAAGCGUUUAAAUUAGUCGAAAAGGGUAUAUUUCAAGAAGAAGGAAUCACUAAUCUUCUUCGAUUCCCGAGCUCUGAAGAAUCGGCUAUCAAGAUUCCAGGAACACGUAGGCUGCAAGAUAAUCUUUCGGAUCUUCGUGCUCAAAUAGCUGCAAAUCAAAGAGGAAUCACUCUUAUAAAAGAGCUGAUCGCGCACUACGGGUUGAAAACGGUUCAAUCUUACAUGGUUUAUGUUCAGAAAAACGCAGAAGAAGCAGUGCGAGAGAUGCUAAAAUCCAUUCCCGAAAAAGUUUCUUUUCAAUCUGUCGGUUCUGAUGGUUUGAUUACGAUUGAAGAAGAAGAUUACAUGGAUGAUGGAUCAUCAAUUCGCUUAAAACUCACCAUUGAUUCGAAAAAAGGCGAAGCUUUCUUUGAUUUUUCCGGAACUACCCCUGAAGUUUACGGAAAUUGGAAUUCACCAGAAGCUGUAACAAAAGCUGCGGUUAUUUACUGUCUUCGAUGUCUGGUAAAUGUCGAUAUUCCGUUGAAUCAAGGCUGUUUAGCUCCGGUAACAAUCCAUAUACCUCCGGGGUCGUUCUUAUCGCCUAGUGAUAAGGCGGCAGUUGUGGGCGGUAAUGUUUUGACCUCACAGAGAAUCACAGAUGUGGUGUUAAUGGCAUUUCAAGCUUGUGCUUGCUCACAGGGUUGCAUGAAUAAUCUUACUUUUGGUGAUGAUACUUUUGGUUAUUAUGAGACGAUUGCGGGAGGAAGCGGGGCGGGUCCCGCAUGGGACGGGACAAGUGGGGUCCAGUGUCACAUGACUAAUACUCGUAUGACCGAUCCGGAGAUUUUUGAGCAGAGGUAUCCGGUUGUUUUGCAUAGGUUUGGGUUGAGAGAGAAGAGUGGCGGCGAUGGGGUUCAUAGAGGCGGUGAUGGGGUGGUGAGGGAGAUAGAGUUCAGGCGGCCGGUGGUGGUGAGUGUUCUAUCUGAGAGGCGGGUUCAUGCGCCUCGGGGGCUUAAUGGUGGGAAAAAUGGAGCCCGUGGGGUUAACUAUUUGGUAACGAAAGAUAAACGGCGUGUGUUUCUUGGCGGUAAGAAUAGCAUCGAGGUGGAAGCAGGUGAGAUUCUUGAGAUUCUUACUCCUGGUGGUGGUGGUUGGGGUUCCAUUUGAGGCUGCUGGUGGAGAAGAUGGCUUUAUAAUUAUGAAUAAGGAGAGAAAAGGCUUGAAAAGUUUUUUUCCUUUAAUUAGUUUCUUUGAAUUUGUUUUGAACUUGAUUAUCUUGUUAAUGAGCAUGAAUAAACUUGUUUGAAAACUUUUGUGAAUAUUUAGACUGAUCACCGAACCGGCGUGUCUUCGGUUUGUGAUUAUCCUGUUUGCUGGAGCAAAAGUGACGCUUAUUGUGGUAACCAUUAGUAGCUCUUAAGAGGAGAGCUUGAAUGCAUCGGCGUAUUACCACAAAUAUCAA